CAGAGCAGAGCGGCAUUUCGAGUGCAGACGCGGUCGGUGUCGUUUUGGUUUUGUCGGCGGUUGCUAAACACAAUUUAAGUUCACUCGGUUAGCAGACAUUACACACUGCCCACAUAUAAACACAUAAAUAUAUAUAUGUACAUAAGGUGUGUGUAUGCAAGAAACCAGAAAAAACAACAACGUUCGUUGAGUCGCGUUCGGUUUUAUUAUUUUUUUGUGUUUUUCGUGUGUGUGGUGUGUGCUUUGGAUUUGCCAAUUUUAGCCGACUGGCUCUCAGUGUCGAACUUAAACUUAAAGAGCGAGCAACGUGACGUGUCGCGUCGUGUCGCUAAAAAUUCGCGCACACAACUUCCUACUACAACAAAAAAAAGAAACAAAAAUAAAACGUGUAAGAAAAAAGUGAGACUUGUUUUUUUUCUUGUGCAUCUCUGUGUGAGUUUGUGAGUGUGCGAAAACACAAAGAAAAACGGGGAGAGAGGGAGAGCCGCGAAGAGAGUGAGAGAGCAAGAGCAGCUGAUUUUAGCCGGCAAGUGUCAGCUGUUUCGCGCCAGAGCGAGAUAGCGCUAGUUCGGCGGGGCGAACAUGUUAUGUCUUGCACGCCGUCUCCUCUUUGUGCUGCAUUCGCUUUAGCAAUGCACCAACAACAGCAGCAACAACAACUGGAAAUACAAGAAAUACAACAGCAAAGGCAACAUUUGCAAAUACAGCAAAUACACAUACAGCAACAACAAAUUAGAAGGAUCGAGGAGCUAAACCUAAACCCCCAAAACCAUCAGCAGCACAUACAAAAAAUUUCGCAUUUACUACCCCAACAUAACCAACAUCAAAUUCAAAAUAGCCAUGGCUUACUACAAGUUCAGCAAAUACCAGAAACACACAAGUUACAUAUAAUACAACAAACACAACCACCACAACAACAAUGUUAUCAAAUACAACAAGUACCGAUUCAACAACGGCAAAUAUUUGAUUUUCAGCAAAUCAAUGAAAUACCGCAUAUGCAAACCAUACAAAUAACUUUGCAAAGUCAGCAAAAAAUACCGGAAACACAGCCGAUACAACAACAACAGCCAGAGCAGCUUCAUCAAAGUCAACGCUUGCCGAAAAUACCAGAAAUACCGCAAAUACCAGAAAUACUCCAAAUACAGCAAUUUCAAGUAGCGCAACAGCAACAAAAGCAAACGAAAAAGCGAGGUGCAAAAUCAACGGCAACAACAACAAUAACAUCGCAUAACAGCAAUAGCAAUAGCAACAAUAGCAGCAGCAAUAGCAACAACUACUAUAACAUUAACAACAACAAUAGCAGCAACAGCGGCGGCCACAUAAUGUUAGCCUCUGCCAGCGCCUCUGCUGCCGCGCGAAAACGCAGUCGCAGCGCGAGUAACGGCAGCAAAAGCAGCAAAGCCGUCAGUGGCCGCAAAUUAACCAAAAGCAUGUCCGCCGGCGCACAGUUGCAGAUGGCCCCGCAGACCACUUCGGCCCUAAGUCACCACCAUCCCAAUCAGCAGCAGCAGCUGCAGCCGCCGCAGCAACAGCAGGCACAGCCCCCGCCUCCGCAACAGCAGCAGCACUUUGCCAACCAUCACAGCGCCCAGCAGCAGUCGCAGCAACAGCAGGAGCAACAGAAUCCCCAGCAGGCGCAACAGCAGCAGGCGCAGCAGCAGCAGAUCCUCCCGCAGCCGCAUCUGCAGCACCUGCACAAGCAUCCGCACCAGCUGCAACUGCACCAGCAGCAGCAGCAGCUCCACCAGCAGCAGCAACACUUCCACCAGCAGCAGCAACAGUCGCUGCAGGGGCUGCACCAGGGCAGCAGCAAUCCGGAUUCGAAUAUGAGCACUGGCUCCUCGCACAGCGAGAAGGAUGUCAACGAUAUGCUGAGUGGCGGCGGAGCAGCGCCCGGAGUAGCUGCCGCGGCAGCCAUUCAACAGCAACAUCCCGCCUUUGCGCCCGCCCUGGGAAUGCAGCAGCCACCGCCGCCGCCGCCGCAGCACUCCAAUAACGGGGGCGAGAUGGGCUACUUGACGGCGGGCACGACCACGACGGCCUCGGUGACGGCGGUGGGCAAGCCCAGGACGCCGGCGGAGCGGAAGCGGAAGAGGAAAAUGCCGCAGACCAGUGCGGACGAGGCGGGGAGUGGCGGUGGGUCCGGCGGAGCUGGAGCAGCCGUGGUGAACAACAGCAGCCUGAAGGGCAAAUCCCUGGCCUUUCGUGAUAUGCCCAAGGUGAACAUGAGCCUGAAUCUGGGCGAUCGUCUGGGCGGUUCGGCCGGCAGUGGCGGCGGAGCCGGAGGCGCCGGCAGCGGAGGGAGUGGCGCCGGUUCCGGUUCCGGCAGUGGCGGCGGCAAGAGUGCCCGCAUCAUGCUGCCCGUCAGCGACAACAAGAAGAUCAACGACUACUUCAACAAGCAGCAAACGGGCGUGGGCGUCGGUGUGCCAGGUGGAGGUGGUGCGGGAGGCAAUACCGCCGGUCUCCGAGGAUCCCACACGGGUGGCGGCAGCAAGUCGCCCUCAUCCGCCCAGCAGCAGCAGCAGACGACCCAACAGCAGCAGCAGCAGGCGAGCGGAGUGGCGACGGGCGGUGGGGCAGGAGGAGCCGCCGCCAACCAGCAGGUGCAGGUGCAGACGAGCAGCGCCUACGCCCUGUAUCCACCAGCUAGUCCCCAAACGCAGACGCCGCAGCAACAGCAGCAGCAGCAGCCGGGAGCCGACUUCCACUACGUCAACUCCAGCAAGGCGCAGCAGCAGCAGCAACAGCAGCAGCAGCGCCAGCAGCAACAGACUUCCAAUCAAAUGGUUCCUCCACACGUGGUCGUCGGCCUGGGUGGUCAUCCCCUGAGCCUCGCGUCCAUCCAGCAGCAGCAGCAGACGCCCCUCUCCCAGCAGCAGCAGCAGCAGCAGCAACAACAGCAGCAGCAACAGCAGCAACUGGGACCGCCGACCACAUCGACGGCCUCUGUCGUGUCCACGCAUCCGCACCAGCUCGGCUCCCUGGGAGUUGUGGGCAUGGUCGGUGUGGGCGUCGGCGUUGGGGUAAAUGUGGGCGUGGGACCGCCACUGCCUCCGCCACCGCCGAUGGCGAUGCCGGCGGCCAUUAUCACAUACAGCAAGGCCACCCAAACGGAGGUCUCGCUGCACGAGCUGCAGGAACGCGAGGCGGAGCACGAGUCGGGCAAGGUGAAGCUGGACGAGAUGACGCGGCUGUCCGACGAGCAAAAGUGCCAGAUUGUCGGCAACCAGAAGACGAUCGACCAGCACAAGUCGCACAUUGCCAAGUGCAUUGAUGUGGUCAAGAAGCUGCUGAAGGAAAAGAGCAGCAUCGAGAAGAAGGAGGCGCGACAGAAGUGCAUGCAGAACCGCCUGAGACUCGGCCAGUUUGUGACCCAGCGAGUGGGCGCCACAUUCCAGGAGAACUGGACGGACGGCUAUGCGUUCCAGGAGCUGAGUCGGCGGCAGGAGGAGAUAACCGCCGAGCGCGAGGAGAUCGACCGGCAGAAGAAGCAGCUGAUGAAGAAGCGUCCGGCGGAGUCCGGACGCAAGCGCAACAACAACAGCAACCAGAACAACCAGCAGCAGCAGCAGCAACAGCAGCACCAACAGCAGCAGCAGCAGCAGAAUUCCAACUCGAACGAUUCCUCGCAGCUGACGGGCGGCGUUGUCACCGGACCGGGCAGCGAUCGCCUGGGCGGCGCGGCAGGCGGCGUUAGCGUCGACAGCGGAUUGGGUGGCAACAAUGCGGGCGCAAUCGGUGGCGGAGCUGUGGGCGGUGGCGUUGGAGGCGGCGGCGUCGGAAGCGGCGGCGUUGGCGGUGUCGGCGGCGGCGGAGGACGUGGUCUAUCGCGCAGCAACUCGACGCAGGCCAAUCAGGCUCAACUGCUGCACAAUGGCGGCGGCGGAUCGGGGGGCAAUGUGGGCAACUCGGGCGGCGUCGGCGAUCGACUGUCGGAUCGAGGAGGAGGCGGCGGCCUCGGGGGCAACGACAGCGGCAGCUGCUCGGACUCGGGCACGUUCCUCAAGCCGGAUCCCGUUUCGGGGGCAUAUACCGCGCAGGAGUACUACGAGUACGAUGAGAUCCUCAAGCUGCGCCAGAAUGCCCUCAAGAAGGAGGACGCCGACCUGCAGCUGGAGAUGGAGAAGCUGGAGCGGGAGCGCAAUCUGCACAUCCGAGAGCUCAAGCGGAUACUCAACGAGGAUCAGUCCCGCUUCAACAACCAUCCCGUGCUGAAUGAUCGCUACCUUCUGCUGAUGCUGCUGGGCAAGGGCGGCUUCUCAGAGGUCCACAAGGCCUUCGACCUCAAGGAGCAACGCUAUGUCGCAUGUAAGGUGCACCAAUUAAACAAGGAUUGGAAGGAGGAUAAGAAAGCUAAUUAUAUCAAACACGCUUUGCGGGAAUACAACAUCCACAAGGCGCUGGAUCAUCCGCGGGUCGUCAAGCUCUACGACGUCUUCGAGAUCGAUGCGAAUUCCUUUUGCACAGUGCUCGAAUACUGUGAUGGCCACGAUCUGGACUUCUAUUUGAAGCAACAUAAGACUAUACCCGAGCGUGAAGCGCGCUCGAUAAUAAUGCAGGUUGUAUCUGCACUCAAGUAUCUAAAUGAGAUUAAGCCUCCAGUUAUCCACUACGAUCUGAAGCCCGGCAACAUUCUGCUCACCGAGGGCAAUGUCUGCGGCGAGAUCAAGAUCACCGACUUUGGUCUGUCGAAGGUGAUGGACGACGAGAACUACAAUCCCGAUCACGGCAUGGAUCUGACCUCCCAGGGAGCCGGCACUUAUUGGUAUCUGCCACCCGAGUGCUUUGUGGUGGGCAAAAAUCCGCCCAAGAUCUCCUCCAAGGUGGACGUGUGGAGUGUGGGCGUGAUCUUUUACCAGUGUCUGUACGGCAAGAAGCCCUUCGGUCAUAACCAAUCGCAGGCCACGAUUCUCGAGGAGAACACGAUCCUGAAGGCCACCGAAGUGCAGUUCUCCAACAAGCCAACCGUUUCCAAUGAGGCAAAGAGCUUCAUUCGGGGCUGCUUGGCAUAUCGCAAGGAGGAUCGCAUGGAUGUGUUCGCGCUGGCCAGGCACGAGUACAUCCAGCCGCCGAUACCGAAGCACGGCCGAGGCUCGCUCAACCAGCAGCAGCAGGCGCAGCAACAGCAGCAGCAACAACAGCAGCAGCAGCAGCAACAGUCGUCGACGUCGCAGGCCAAUUCCACCGGCCAGACUUCGUUCUCUGCCCACAUGUUUGGCAAUAUGAAUCAGUCGAGUUCGUCCUAGCUGCCAACCAAGCGUAAUUCCAACUCAUAAUUCGCCGCCGCCGCAGUAGCAGCAGCAACUUCAGCUGCCAGCCAACAGCAACACCAACAGCAGCAGCAGCAGCAACAUCAGCAGCAGCAUCUUCAACUCCAGCAAUACCAGCCGAAUCAGCAGCUCCAUUUGCAAAACAGUAGCAGCAACUAUGCGGCCACGCUUCUCGAUGCAGCGGCCUUUUGCUACGAAACCGUGAUGGAUGCAGCCCACUUCCACAACAAUAACAACAACAGCACCAUCAUCAACAACAAUAUGCAGACAAUGCCGGCGAAUGCUGUCAAUGCUGCUGCUGCCGGAGGAGGAGGAGCAGGAGGAGCAGCAGGAGGAGGGGGAACACCGACCUACCAAGGGAAAUACAAGCGCUGGCAGCAGCAACAGUUGCAACAGCAGGCGCAACUGCAACAGCAGCAACACAAGCUACUGCUGCAACAAGAGCUGCUGUAGAGUAAGAAAAAAAAUACAAGGGUGAUGAUGAUUUACGACGGAAUAAUGACAAGGGAGUUUGAGAGAAGGAGGAGAGCUGCCUGCAACACUGCCGCCAAGCCAAGCUAAUGUUGCUGCUGCAACAGCAACACCGUCAGCAACAACAACAACAACAGUAACAACACCCCAAGAAUUUCCGCAGCGAGUCGCAAAACAACAACAAAAACUUAAAUUAAUGAAACUAUAUAUAAAUAUAUAUAUGCAUAUAUAUAUUAAAUGUGAUAAACAAGCGUAAAGCAAAAAAAAAAAUACAAAACAAGAAAGGAAAGCAGCAAAUACAGCAGGAGAAAGACGAACAACCAAGGGGGAAAAACCCGGAAGAUAGGGAAAAGCAAAGCUGCAGCAAAAAACCAGAAGAGAAGAGCAUAGAAAGAGGGAGCAGAAGAAAAGCAGAAAGUUGAAAGCUGAGAUGAAUUGCCGAGGAGAAAGCUUGAGAAAUUGUUUAUAAAGGCUGCUAUAAACACACACUUUUUUUUUUUUGUUAACUAUAAAUACCAA